AGGGCCCCCAGUCAGUCGUCUCAGCAGCGCCUCCGAGCAAGGUACUACAGGCUCCCCUCUGGGCUCCCCGAUCUCUCGCGAGUCCGCCAGCGCGCGCCCCGUCCGCCCGUCGUCCUAGCACGUCGCCGCCAUGGCCGAGACCCUGCUGCGCACCUUCGAGCCCUUCCCGGCCUUCUACCCGUACGGCCACUACCAGCAGCACGACCCGCAGCCGGAGCCGUCCGGCUACCAGUACGAGUACCAGUACGAGCACCACGCCGCCGACGAGUACCAGCCGGCGCUCAGCCCCGCGCCCGCCAGCCCCCGCUCCUGGAGCAGCGGCAGCGCACCAUCCUCGACACCGUGCUCCGACGAGGCCCCGGGCUCCACCUCGUGGCCGCCGUUGCCGUUGCCGACGGCCGCCGCAUCCUCCGCCUCCUCCUCCUCGUCGGCGUCGUCGGCGUCCUGCUCGCCGUGCUCGCCCCCGCGCGGCGUGGAGGUCGUGAAGCGGCGUCGCCUGGCCGCCAACGCCAGGGAGCGCCGCCGUAUGAACAGCCUGAACGACGCCUUCGACCGCCUCCGGGACGUGGUGCCCUCCCUCGGCUCCGACAGGAAGCUGUCCAAGUUCGAGACGCUGCAGAUGGCGCAGACCUACAUCGCCGCCCUCCGGGACCUCCUGGACCGCGAGGACUGAGAUAUGGAGGGAAGUCCCCCGGACCGCGAGGACUGAGGUCUGGAGGGAAGUCCUGAACCGUGAGAAAAUGAGACCUAGAGGGAAUAAGUCCUGGACCGCGAAGACUGAGAACUUUCACCGUGCGCCGGUUAGAGGGAAGUCCUCUCCACCACUAACCCAUACCGACGACGUGUUGUGGCAGUGUUGCGGUGCUAUGAGCUUGCUCGCCCUGGGGAAUGAGUGAUAAUUUUGUUACGCGGGACGAUUGUGUUUCUUUAUUUUUCUGUGAUAUUCUUUUUAAAUGAUUAUUUAUUUGUUAUGUUGUUAGGAUAGGAUGACCCCAGCAACGGGAUGUAAAUUUGAUGUAUAGCAACGGGGGGAGAAAGCCAAAAUGCAUGUUAUUUUGAGGAGUGUAAUCCGUUUUUCUCUCAGAAUUUUGAGAACUGAUGGGGUUCCUACAAACUGUGUAAAAUGAAGUAAAAAAAAGUUUAUAAGCAAGGCCAUCUGUAUUUUUCUGAAAAUGUCUAAUGAAGGUUCUUUGUUGUGGUAUGUAUUCAGACAUGCUGUAGUCUACUGAAUUUUCGAUAAAGAAUCUGGUUCAUUUUUCUUAUUAUUUAUUGAAAGGAAACGGGAAUUAGUAAUUACACCCCCUUGGAUUAGAUUGCUGCCAGCUCAUAACCAUUUGUUUCCUGAUCCUUCAAUUCAGUAUUGUUCAUUUUUGUGCUUUUGUU